AUGAAUGACACCGCUGAUGACGUCACUGCAGUGUUCAUUCACACACAAAAAAACACAGAAAUCCUGAAUGGAGGCGUCUACGUCGACCAAAACAAGUUUCUGUGCCACGCCGACACUAUUCACUGGAGGGACAUCAUCAAGAACCCACAGGCGGAACUUCUGGUGGUGCCGUCCAACAACAGCAACCUGGGAUGCCGACGCUGUCACCGCUCGUGUAAUGGGAGGUGCUGGGGACAUCAGGAGGACCAGUGCCAGACAUGUAAGUACUGA